AGACCUGCUGGAGCUUGUAAGGUGGCCCAACCGGAGUGAGAUGAAGGAGUAUGUGCUCCAGAGCCUGGUCCCACUGCUCCUCCUUGUUCAUGAUGAGCGUCCCAACGUGUCCCAGGUGUGUUGGGACACCCUCAGCAGUGCCGCCCAAUUCCUGAGGUGGCACCAGCUCAGUGGCCUCAUCCAGCACAAGGAAACCUGGCGAAUCUGUGACUGCCUGGUGAGGCGCUACAACGGGAGAGCUGAUGACUUCCUGUGCCAGACCAUGGCCUUCCUGCAGAACCCACAGACUCCAGUUAGGGAAGCAGCCAUCAGGUUCCUAGGUAACCACAGAGCAGAGGGGUCCCUUUAGCAGAGGGGCUGGAUCUGGUCCCAGGCUCUCCUCAGUCCCUGCCAGCAGCGAGAAGUGACCCCUGGGCUCCUGAUUCCCUAAUGAAGGCGAAGGGGUGUCAGAAACCCACAGGAGCAAGCUCACCCCAAACUGCCCUGAUCGGCUGAUAGGACCCCUCUAAGCCCACUGCUCCUCAUGCAGUCCCCAUUCUCCGCCCCCACCCCACCGUGGGCUCUUGGGAGUGGACCUUCAAGGCGCUGUGCUCUCCUUUGGCAACCAGCCCUGUAGCCAUCUCUGGGGACUCGCCCUU